AUGACCUGGAAGGAGCCCAACAAACUUUCCCUCUCUUCACAUUUUACCGGAGUCUUUCACAGUCACUCUAUCUCCAACGAGAUCCGAUAUAUUCCAUCAGAAGCUAUCCUGGAUGACUUCCAGGUGGAUAGCCAGCGCCCUUUUUCCCACCUUCCCCAUUGUUCAUCAUCGCUUCAGCACUCUCCAUCUGCCAAGAUUUCUCCCUCUCAUAUGAACGAUGGCGAACUGACAUCUAUGCUCCAAAGGGUUUGGCUGCCGGAAGUAGGAGACACUAUAAGUACAAAUAUUUCCGACUCAUUAGACUUCGGAGUCAUGAAUACAGGAGCCAUGUUUACUCCCAACAAGGAAAAAUCUUCACUUGAUGCAAAAGUAAUCUCCUCGUGUGCGGUGGUUAGAGGUGCUGGAUUUCCUAAUGUGUCACAUGUUUGCGACGCAGAUUUUUUGGAAAGAGCAUCGUCCUUUGUGGAUAGCGAGAUUCAAUUUAUCGGCAAAGAGGCACCAAUGAGUUUUCAAGAGAUCCAAGAAUUCGAGACCGCAGUUAACUCUUCUGUUAAAGAAAGAAAAGGA